GCUGCUCGACCUACGGUCCGCGCCGGUUGCGGGCCAAGAACACAAGCGGGCAGCCCCAACAGGACGCCCAGCGCAGCCUCGCAGCACGAGCAACACCCACAGCUCCCGGACGCCAUCGCUGCGAUGCGCCAGACAAUUCUAAUCAUAGCAGCCGUAUGGGCCCAGGACGAGGUGCUGGACCUCCGCUCCCCACAAGAAGUCGAUUCAUAUCGAAGCAAGGGCCUGAUUCCCUUCCGCGACUUGGUCGAUGAGUCACCAGGACCGCAGUUCAGCUGCGACCGGCUCGUCUCCCGCGGUCCCAUAAAACUACCUAGACAAUCGGCGUGGCGCGAGAAGGUGAGACGAAGCGGCCCGCCCCAGAACCACACGCGUCCUUCUGAUGUGGGCAUUGGCUACAUGUUUCGAUCAUUAACAUCGACCUACAAGUCGGACGUCCCUUUAUUAACAGCAGCGCGGCAGUCGUGGAUGGCCGACGCCGGUAGUAGUUUGGAGAUUUUGUUGUUGGUCGACUGCGACCAUGACACGGAUGUUGCUUCCCAACUAAGACCGCCUGAAGAGCUUGAGGCAAGUAGACCGGACCUCCCUCGAUUACAUUUCGAGUGCUACUACCCGACCUACCAAAGGAUAGACGCGUCGAACGAGGUCACGGCCAUCCUCAACAACUUCGACAAGUUCUCUGCUUUAUUGAAGGGGCUACUCCGGAUCCUACCGCACAAACAAUGGUAUAUCAAGCUGGACACUGAUACCGUGAUCGAACCGCACAACCUCUACCGCUUCCUAAGUUUCUUCCAGGUUAGGGUGCUACGAGGAGAAACGAACUUGUAUUUCGGCGACGCCGGCGAGCUGCCCCAGCGAUCACCAAACCCAGAGGACUGGGCCAUGUAUCGCAUUCACUCAAGGUCCAAGGACCAGUUGUUUAAGAGACCAGGCUGGCAGGAUUUGGUCAAGGAGUACUACCAGGACCGAAAGACGUCACAACAGUCGACAAUAACUUAUGUACAUGGUGGCCUCGAGGGCUUUUCCAGGGACGCUCUUCAGUCGAUAGUCUCGAAGGACUGCAUCAGAAGGGUCGGGGAAUUACCAUGCGACCGGUCCAUAAAGAAGCACUGCAUCAACAAGCCCGAGGACGCCACUGUGGGAUUAUGUGCGCACCUCCACAAGGUCGCGCUCGUGGACUGCCAGCCGUGCAUGCAGAACAUCGCGGGCGCGCCGGUCGUCGACGGCCGCACGCCGGGCGUCGUGCAAUGGACGCGGCACGAGCUCGCCAAGGUGUUCACGAGCGACGCGCGGUUCUGCCCGCGGCCCGUCUCCGUGCACCCGGUCAAGGACGCGCACGACCAGCGGACUAUAUAUAGGGCCCUCCACGCGUACACGCACAAGGUCCACGCGGCGGAGUCGAUGGCCGUGGCGCCGCCCGAGUAAUAUGUGUGUCCGAG